AUGAGUUCACAAUGUUUUGUGCUACAUGACAGUAAAGAGAGCUUAACAAACAGACGCAGAUGCAUCUUUAAAAACGUGUGCCAGUGUUUCUCAGUUUUAGAGGAUGGUGCUUUGGCUCAAAGUCUUCAAGAGCAGGAAAUCGAGCAUUUCUACAGCACCAACAUCCAGAAGAACCAGACAGUGCAGAACGAUGUUCGUUUGGCCCGAAGACUCCAGGAGGAAGAGGAAGAGCGGGCAAAUCUACAGCAGAUAGAGGAAGAGGACUGUAGAUACGCACAGAUGAUCCAGCAAGAGCUGCAGAAAUGUGCAGAGGAGGCCAGGAGACAAGAAAAACAGGAUGAGGAAAUCGCUAAACAGCUGCAGGAAGAAGAAGAAAUGGAGAUGAGAAGACAAAGAGCCGCCUCUGGUUAUGAGGACAAUGACUGUCCUUCUCCACUGUGUCAAGGUUUGGGAGUGUGGGAGCAGGUUCUCCAGGAUGCUGAACUGGCCCGCAGACUUCAGGAGGAGGAUAUGAUGCCUCAUAGAGACCAGUUUCAUCGGAGAUCUUCUGGAUCAGAGGUGGACUUCAUUGCAGCACAAGUAGCUCAAGAUGAGGAGAUCGCAAACUACAUGCAGCGGCGCCAGAGAAGAGUGAACCACAGACCGCAGGAGCAGGAGAUCCAGAGCAGAUCUGAUGAAGAAGGCAGAGAUGAGGAAAACACAACUACCAGGAAGGCUCUUCAGAUGCUGCGAGAGCGGCUGAACUCAGACGGCCUUCAUUCACCUGCGGAAGAGGAAGAUUUCACCAUCCAAACCCUUCCAGCAAGCCCAUCAUGCACUGCUCUUAAAAACCAACACAUUCACAACAUAGCAGAGGAACUGGACCCAACAUUCAAGGCUAGGAAACGCGAGAGUCAAAUUUCCAGCAGUCCUUCCACAGGUCUGUGUUUGGCCCCUCGUAACCCACACAGCAUCUUCUAUGACUAUUUACCAGAACCCACCUUCAUACCACCCAUGAAACGGCAGAGCGACAAAACAGCCCGACAAAAAGCCAAAGACAAGAAAGAGAACUGUAAACAGCAGUGAAUAGGUGGUCUACUGAGUGCAUCAAGUAAGGUAUAAUCCGUUUCAGGGACACAUAUUAAACUGUUACUCAGAGUAUUUACACUACACCGCUUUCAACUAAACAUGUAAACAAUGCAGGAUUUUUUAGGCGUCUUUUGAAAAGAGAUUUCAAAUUAACCCAGGCUCAUUCUGAUUACGUAUCCCUAUAUACAUUUCUGGAGAGCGCCAAAUAUAUCCCAGGAGCUACGUUUUUUGCAGUUUUUGUUUUCGCAAAUCCACCAGAGGCCGCUGUGUACGCUAUUUCCGAUUUCAAAUUUCUCUCACUAGUGCUGUUUGCACCUGCUGUUCUCACAUAAAUCCACCAGAGGCCGCUGUGUACGCUAUUUCCGAUCUCAAAUUUCUCUCACGAGUGCCGUUUGCACCUGCUGUUCUCACAUAAAUCCACCAGAGGCCGCUCUGUACGCUAUUUCCGAUCUCAAAUUUCUCUCACGAGUGACAUUUGUGCCUGCUGUUCUCGCAUAAAUCCACCAGAGGCCGCUGUGUACUCUAUUUCAGAUCUUAAAUGUCUCUCACAAGUGCCAUUUGCGCCUGUUCUCGCACAAAUCCACCAGAGGCCACUGUGUACGCUAUUUCAGAUCUUAAAUUUCUCUCACAAGUGCCAUUUGCGCCUGUUCUCGCAUAAAUCCACCAGAGGCCGCUGUGUACGCUAUUUCCGAUCUCAAAUUUCUCUCACGAGUGCCAUUUGCGCCUGCUGUUCUCGCAUAAAUCCACCAGAGGCCACUGUUGACUGACUGACUGACCGAUCAACUAACCCACCCUCUUCCUUUCCUAAACCCAACCAAUAGUGUUUUAAAAAGCUCUGAUUGACCAGCGCCCACCCACUUCCCUAAACCCAACCGAUAGUGUUUUCAAAAGCAAUGCAGAAGAAGAAUUGGCAGCCUGACUUCUACCACGUUUUCAGAUUUGACCAUAUUCUCACACUGUUGUUUACUUGUUUAUGGAUUUUGUUUUUGUCUUACCUGCUUUCUGGAACCGUUCCUCGCCGGACUCAAACCUUGUCGUCACGGUCAACUCCUCUCUGCGUCUCAAAUCCUCCCACGUACACAGUAAGCCACUGGACAAACAGGUUACAGCAGAAAACCCAUCCGGAGGUAAGCAAUCAGCUAGUGAACGCGAAAAGGAACGGCGUCAUACUGUGUCGUAGCGUUCAUUUUAAAGACGAAAUGCAGCCAUGCGUACCUCUGGCUAUAUAAUUCGCGAUCUCCAGAAAUGUAUAUAGGGGGACGUUUUCAGAAUGAGCCUAUGUUGUUUCAAAUUGAUAGUCACUGUCUCUUUGUAAAAAACAAAGUACGGUGGCUGAGAGAGCUCAAAUAUGCUGUAAGUUCAGAAAACGUGCAAAACAGAAAAACAUUAACAUAACAUAACUGACAAUCUUAAUGGAGGGCACUUAUUAACACACUAUAUAGGGAACCACAAUGGUGCUAACAGAAAUGUAUCACAUUUACAGUGUUUUAAAUGUUGUAAUCAAUCAUCAGGUGCUGUUUUAACACCUUUUUUCAAUAAAUAUGGAGCCAGAUCAGUCUCAAAAAUAAUACAUUUACAAAAUAAUACUAGACUUGGGUCGAUAGACGAUGCCAUCGUCCAUUGCCGAUAGACAUCACGAUGCUGAGCCGGCAUCGCGAACCUCUGCCCUGCCCCUAUCGCAUUAGCAACCCGCUCGCGAAAAAUACACACUGAGGUCCCGUUUACACUAAUACGUCUUAGUUUUAAAAUGGCAUUUUAGAACGAAAACGAUCCACGUCCACACUGGCGUUUCACCUAGCAUUUCUGAACAGCCAACCUUCCUCACAUUAUGUGACCACACACUCUGUCAUGCGCUGCAGCGUCUGAGCUCCAGCAUUCUUUGAGCACUUAACCCCCGAGAGCAGUGCACGUCGGACAGUUUAUCAGGAUGUACCGCUGGAUGGCGUCUCACUAAAGUUGUUAAUCGUGAUAUUGAAUUAAUCUUUCCUCUAUCUAACGACUCUUUUGUCACUUGAAUCUAUCAGGUAACGUGUCAGCAUCAGUACACUGCUUCAAUUCUUCGCUUUCACGCUUGUACUUAGUGAUGUUAGUGUAAACCUCAGAUAUUGUUGGUUGGUUCCUGUUGGUUGUGCACAUUUUUUACCUACUAAGUUUGUGGACGCCAUUAUAACGACACAGAUCACUCUGCCUAUUCAUGCCAGAGUCCUGCGGAAAAAGUGAUUGAAAGGUGGCAAUCUGUGUUUAACUUAUCUUUAUUUGUUUAUGAUUUGGUUAUGGGUAAAAACAAAGAGCACGCGGGUCAGGUAGUUACAAAUAAUUAAUUUGUUAUGUAUUAAUUAAUUAUUCAUAAAUAAAUAAUUCACCGCCGCCUACGAGACAAUGCCAUCGUCCAUCGCGAUGUUUUACAUUAGACAACGUACGAUGCCAAAUUGGUCGACAUCGUCCAACCCUGAGAACAAUUCACAUUUACAAAAUCCAGUUUGUAAGUUCAAGACAGAAUUCACAAGUAAAAAUAUUUUGAUUUAAGUAUAAAUAUUUUCGGCAAAUGAGUUGGAUUUGUAUAUGAUGAACUGGGUUUUGACCUUACGAAUUGGAUUAGCAUCUUUUUGAAUCCUGUUUUGUACUUUCAGACUGGAUUUUGUAAAUGUGAGUUGUGUUGUGCAUGUAUAAAUUAUAUUUUGUGAAUGUGUUAUUUUUGAGACUGAUCUGGCUCCAUAACAACUAAAUGUUGGGCCACAGAUCAUACUCCUGGGUCAGAAGUAGUUGUAAAUAUCACAUAUUCAACAUGUAGAGCAGAUUAUGAACAAAUAAAUAGUGUGUAAAUCUUCAGGUAUUUGUUUAUUGAGCUCAUUUAUAAUAUGUGUGGAUGUAGAAUAACAUCUUAGUUCACUAAAAGAGCUAAACUGGGACAAAAUAAUGCUUCUAUCGAAGGGUAAGAUGCCAUUUAUUUUUGUUUAUACAACAGUUCUGUCUGGAUCUCGAAUCUGAUUGGCUUAUAGCCAUGCGAUAUUUUGCAAUAACAGCACUCGUACAGCCUCCUCACACUUGUGUAUUACUCCACCCACAUAGAGUGAGAGCAGAUCAAUAAACUCACUGCAGUUUGACAAACAUUGCAGCUGUUGGACAACAUAAAGUACUUAUAAGGCUUUUAGUGGAGAAUGUAGUUGUUUAGAUUGCAACUAUGCAGUUUAUUUAUAAGGAUAGUGCCUAUUUUAAAUAUUUAUCAUUUUGGAGAUUGAGCGCAUCAGCGGCCAUCAGCAUGUCAUACUGAGCAGAACAAAACAGUUGCACCACAAGAUGGUGACAGAGAGCGUAAAAUCGCGUCGUCAGGGGACAAAAACGCAGCACUUUUUUGUUUUUGUAUUUCAAACUACAGCUGAUCAAGUCAUUAUAAAACAGGCAAUUGACAUCCUUAGUUGAUCUCUCUCUUUCGUAUGUUGCAGUGCUGUAUUUAUACCAUAGUAAUCUGGUAGUGUUUGCUUUGCUUUGGCAUGUUCAGGGUUAAUUAUUGUGAACAAAAUCACCUGUUUUGAUCUGUUUAGACAUUACGCUAGAGAAUCAUUCAAAUACUAGCUCUAAAGUGACGUCAGCUGCAGAUGUAAAUGAAUGGUGGAAGAAAGUAGUUCCUCAUGCAAAGGGAUUUUUGAGACUCUCCGUGUUUGAUUUUCUGUUUUAAACACCUGAUUAUACUGUCGAACUGUUGUAUAAACUCAAUAUCACACUCGUAGCAGUGCGAUAUGGCUGUAAUUCGUCACUGGUGGGACACUAAAGGCUCGUACACACCGGGACGCUUUUCAUGUGCGUUUAUCGCCAGCAUUUUUCAAGAUGUUUUUUACAGAUUCAAACCCAAGCGAUUUUCACUGGCGUCGAGCAAAAGAGAACGCAAAAUCACUCCUUGACGUUAGAUGGCGCUACACAACUUUGUCUUCUUCUGCGUUACAAGCAGCUGUCUGAAGCUUAAAGUUCACACACGUGCUAUGGAUGGUUCAAGUAGCAGCUCCAGCUCUAGCGAUGAAGAAAUGAUUAUUGUUCAACAGAGCAAUAAGCAGCUCCACGUUCAUAUCGCCUCUGGUCUUCUUCAAUGUGCGCACGCAUUGACAGUUUUGCACUUGAGCGCCACCUAGUGCUGUUUACUGUAACUUCAGCAGCUCCGUGCACCUGAACAAAAGUGCCAAUCUGAUUGGUGGAAAAGGUUUUGACGCGGCACGUCAAAACAAAAAAACGAGUAUGAGGUGUUUUUAUUUAUUAUUAUUUUUAGGGGUAUUCACCUUUAUUAUGACAGGACAGCAGAGAAUUUAGACAGGAAAGUAUUGGGAGCAGAGAGAGGGGAAGGAUCGGCAAAGGACCUCGAGCCAGGAAUUGAACUCAGGUCACCAUGAGCACAUUGGUGCUAUAUGUCAGCGUGCAGUACCAGUAGGCUACUGGCACCAACGUGAGGUGUUUUUUUUUUUUUUUUUUUUUAAACGCUUUUGCGCCUGGAGUUUUGCGCGUUGGUGUGCACGAUCACAUUGCCACCCUUUAUUUAGUCACGAGGCGUUAAACGUUGACGGAAAACGCGAGCAAAAACGUCUCUGUGUGCACGGGCCUCAAGCCUCCCACCAGUGCUGAAAUACAGCCAUAUCGCACUGCUACUUGUGUAAUAUUGAUCAUAUAAAGAAAUAAAAUACUUCACUUCUACACUUUCUUCAAUUGGCAGUGUUUUCAUAGGGGUUGACGUCUGCUUUUGUUGUGUAAAUAAGCAGCAGGUCAGUGUGUAAUGAGAAAGGUCAGAAAAGACCCUUAUAAAGUCUCUUACCAGAAUGUUUAGCUGCAGGAAAUUUCCGUGGAUAUGAAAUAAUGUUAUGCAGGGGAAUUCAGAUGUUAAAGAGCUGAAAUAUCAAGUGUUGUCGUCACUUCCUGACAGCCCACAGUGUUUCAGUGCAGAGGUCUUUUUUCAGUCACACACACAAACUUAACCUUUACUGCGUCACAUGCUUCUCUAUUCGCAACCACACACACUUGUACGGAGUUGACUGCCCUCACAUUUCUGAAUUUCCUUUGUCUUUUGCUUUGUACUAUGUUACUAUGUUGUGUUUUCAGAAUAAGAGUCCUCUGAGCACAUUUAUAUCGUAAAUGCAGCUUUGUUCUAAAAGACAGGUCCACUCAUAUGGUGCUUAAAGGUCUCAUAUUUCAGGAUUUUCGUAAUAUUUGUUAACAUCAUACAUGUUUUCAUAAUAAAAGUCACGUGAGCACAUUUUGACUAAUAGAUGGAUCUGUACUAAAAGUUAAAAUAGCAAUGUUGUGCAAAGUUCAUAUUUGUGAUUUCAGUUUUUGUAAUAUGUUAACAUCUGAUGUGGUUUCAGAAUAAAAGUCCUUUGAGCGGUCAUAACAAAUGCAGGUUUGUUCAGAAAGACUAAAGGACAGGUCUACUUAUGUGGCGUGUAAAGGUCUCAUAUUUGUAAUAUAUUUAAUUUUUUUCAUGAUAAAAGUCAUCUGAGCACAUUUAUUUGGCAAAUAAACACAUCUGUAAUGAAAGUUAAAAUAACUUUUUGCUACGUUUAUAUCUGAGGUUUUUUAAAAAGUUAACAUCUUAAAUGUUUCUAUAAUAAAAGUCAUGUGAAUACA